GAUAGGAAUGAGAUAGAGACCUGCGAUUUUCGCUGCUCAAUAGCCAAGACUUGAGCAGAACGUUUCACAAGCGGAAGCAACUUUUGAAAGAAUUUCAGAGAUCGGAUUUUGGGAGGAUCUUUGGACAACCAGCUCCGUUCUCAGAAAACUAACAUACAAUGUUAGUAAUUUUUAUGCAUGCGUGCAUAGUUCGGACAUCACUCUACAAAAUUAUGCCAGUUCCGACUCUCUGGCUAUCGUCGUUCGGGCAGGGCUCGCUUUCCCCGAGCACGUGACUGUCUCCGAGCAGACAUCUCUGGGAAUCUCAAAAUGCCAUGGACUAUAGGUAAUCGACUACGCUGAGCAUAGUAGCAACAUUUGUUUCUGUGUAGAAAUGAAUAUAACUUCGCCAGAGGCAUUGUUGUGAAAAAACCGGUUUUUCGCCUGUUACUAGCAAAAAUUAAAAUCCUUAUAUCUCGAUCAAAUCUUUUGCUGACUCAAGCAAAUGUUCAGAAAAGGCUUGAAAGAUGCCAUAUGUUGUUGACCAGGCCGAAAAAGUGAUCCAGCGGAACACUGAUGCUCUGAUGUUUUUCACAAGGUUUCUGAAAAACCUUAAGCCAAUGCCCAGUUCACAUUCACCGUUUUCGUCUUCGAUUAUGCUUUAUGAGCUGUCCUGAGCGUUUUCUGGAAAUUUGCUUGAGUCAGCAUGAGAUUUGACGUUCUGCUCAAGUCUUGGCUAUUGAGCAGCGAAAAUCGGAGGUCUCUAUCUCAUUCCUAUCUUCAUUCAAAAGUUAAAAAUGCCCACGGGUCUUGUAUUUUGGGAUGGAUAGUAGAACAUCAUUUAGAGCUAGGAAAUAUCUCAAUUUGAUCAAAGCUGUUGACUCUAUUUCCCGAUCUUCUAGAAAAUACCUUUAAGUUUGACCUUGUAUCAGAAAGUAAAUUGUUUUCGAAAAGUUAGCUUUUUAAGGUUUUCAGGUAACUUUUCAGAAACCGCAUACCUCUUCGAUGAGGAACAAAUAACGUUAGAUUCUGAUAGUAGAUACUGCGGGCUAUCUGAUGAUGUCUUUAGAUCAAUAUCAACUUUCUAUAAAACGUCAUAUGUUUCUGAGGGGAUUAGGCAGGGGCUGCGUAUGUGAGUAUGUAGAAAAUCGCAUCAUUUCGAAUAAAAGUCUUCUUUUGAUCGCUUAUUUUCGCAGAAAAACAAACCUAGUGACUUUUUUAAGUCGUAGAAGGUUAUUUUAAGGGGCUUAAGCAGACUUUAUCGGAUUACAAUGGACUGCAUGGGACCUUGGUCCACUUCAAAGACCGAAACUGCGCUUCUUCCUCUUGCUUCUAAGUGUGCAAACAACACCUGAAUUUGACAACGUCGUACUGAUGAGCUGCUGACUGACUUGAAAACGAGAAUGCAAACUUCCAAGGACAUAAACGGAAAUCAGACAAUAAUUUCAUUUUAGUGCAAGCACCACCUCAGCGUAUCCCUCCGACUUCAGCCCUCAAACCUGAUAAGGAAAACGUUGACAAUUCAAUUCAGUCUCCCAGGAAACCUAUCGAAGAGCAAAUACAAGAUAAAAAUACUGAUUCUACGAUAGACGAGGUGCAACAUUCGAAACCAACUGAAACAGUCCUCGCAUCACAGAAAGAUGCUACUGAACAACAAUCGGAAAUUACAACUGCGAAUGAACCUAAUCAGGAUUUGAGUCUCAGUAAAACACCACUCGACUCGGCACAGAAAAUUGUGGAACAACCGCCGGAAUCUGGGAAAAGUCCACCAGAUGUGACAGAACCGAAAGCUGUUGAAAGUACCAGCAUCACUACUGAAAAGAUUGAAUUACCUUCCACAAAAACAGAAGUUGCCGCUGCUGAUAGACACCAUUACGAGGAUACCAUUGCAAAACCACAGGCCGAUGUCGCUAAGGUGAGGAG